CAUUUUCUAAUGACAUUUGUUUGUUUUGUGGGGUGUACGGUAUUCUUUAUUGUUGUUGUUUUUAAUUAAAGUUACGUGUGUUUUGUUAUAUUUAUCACAUAUAAAUCAUUUCGGACUAUAAUCUCCACUCUGUAUGAGACGGCUGUGGGCUCACUUGUAAAGCAGAAGUGCCAAGAAGGCAACAUGUCGCUGCAGAAGCUGACGGCUCUGCGCGCGCUGAUGGCGAGCCAGCCCACCGCGCUCGCCGCAUACAUCGUGCCCACCGCUGAUGCACACAACUCAGAGUACAUAGCGGCGACGGACGCGCGGCGCGAGUGGGUGUCGGGCUUCACGGGGUCGGCGGGCACCGCGCUGGUGACGGCGGACCGCGCGCUCGUGUGGACGGACGGCCGCUACUACACGCAGUUCGACCGCGAGGCCGACCUCACACUGUGGACGCUGAUGAGGCAGAGUUUGCCUGACACGCCCACUAUGGAGGCGUGGUUGCUGAAGCACAUGCCCACGGGCUCCGUGGUCGGCGCCGACCCCCACACUAUGACUAGAGAGGAGUGGACACCAUUGCAGAAUGCUCUUACAAAGGCCAAAAUGCAGUUGGUGGCCGUGGAUAACAAUUUGGUGGACCAAAUAAGACAGGAUAUGAAAGACCCGCCGCCGCCGCGUCCGUGCAACAAGAUCAUGCACGUCCCUGUGCAGUACACAGGCAAAACCGCUGGUAAGAAGAUAGAAGAGUUACGUGAGAAGAUGAAAGAGAAGAAAGCGUCCGCACUCGUCGUCACCGCGCUCGAUGAAGUGGCUUACACCCUAAAUCUCCGCGGCAGCGACAUCGAGUACAACCCGGUGCUGUUCGCGUACCUCGUGAUCACGGAGCAGACGGUGCGGCUGUUCUGGGGUACCGGCGCGCUGCCCGCGGCGGUGGCAAACGCGCUCGCGGCAGAGGGCGUGGCGGUGGACGCGCGCCCGUACGGUGACGUCGCAGCGGCGCUCACGCAGAUGGCGAAGGAGUUUUCGGAGAGCGGCGAGGAGCAUUCCAUAUGGCUGUCGAGCGACGCCAGCGAGGCUAUACAUAGGGCUGCGUCAGGGAGCGGUGUGCUAUCGACGCCGCUGAACCUCAUCUCGGAGGUGUCUCCCGUCACGCUCAUGAAGAUGAUCAAAAAUGAAGUCGAGCUGGAGGGUUUCCGUAAAUGUCACAUCCGCGACGGCAUAGCGGUGGUGCGGUUGUUCCGCUGGCUGCACGAGCGCGUCGACGCCGGCGACACCGUCACCGAGAUACAGGCGGCCGACAAGCUGCUCGAGUUCCGGAAAGAGGAGCAGCACUUCAUGGGCCCAUCGUUCGAGACGAUAGCGGGCGCGGGCGAGAACGGCGCCGUCAUACACUACAGCCCGGCGCGCGAAGGCGACCAGCGCGACAUCCGCCCGACAGACAUGUUCCUGCUGGACUCCGGCGGACAGUACCUUGACGGCACGACGGACAUAACACGGACGCGGCACAUGGGCACGCCGUCGGAUGAGCAGUGCGACGCGUUCACGCGCGUGCUCAAGGGACAGAUCGCUAUAUCGACCGCGCUGUACCCGCAAGGAGUCAGGGGUAACGUCCUCGACUCGCUCGCCCGCAAGUUCCUCUGGGAUGUGGGCCUAGACUAUGCCCACGGUACGGGCCACGGCGUCGGCCACUUCCUCAACGUGCACGAGGGCCCCAGCGGUGUGUCCUGGCGUCCCUACCCGCACGACCCCGGCCUUAAACCCCACCAGAUACUCAGCAACGAGCCCGGUUACUAUAAGGUGGGCGAAUACGGUAUACGUCAUGAGGACCUGGUGAUCACCGUCAACGUCACCAAGGACUCCGAUCACCCCAGGGCUAGCGGUCUGCUGGGUGACUUCGACGGCCGCGGCGUGCUCGGCAUGGAGACCAUCACGCUCGUGCCCAACCAGCGCAAGUGCAUGAAGCUCGACCUGCUCACUGACUUCGAGCUGGCGUACAUCAACGCGUACCACACGCGCGUGUUGCGUACGCUCGGCCCGGAGCUCAAAACCCGCGGUUUGAAGGAGGACUUGGCGUGGCUGGAGAGAGAAUGUGAGGUCAUCACCAGGACAUAGUACGAAUAAAUAUUG